AUCACCAUGUAUGUAAAUCGGAAAAGUAAUUCCAGUUCACUGCAGGUGAAAUGGACGACAAAACCACAAACAAGGAUAUGGCGGCAACUGCCGAUGCGCAAUCUCAAAACGAUGUCGGCUCCUUCGUGUGGGAUGAGAAAUCUCAAUUAUACUACCAUGCCAGUACUGGAUUUUAUCAUGAUCCAAGUGCAGGCUGGUAUUAUAACAGUGGAGAUGGUCUCUAUUAUAAAUUUGAGAAUGGGAACUAUGCCCUACUUGGGCCUCCUGAACAGGUUGAUGGAUCUGAUGCCCAUAUUUCUGGAGACAAUCUUACUGAUCACUCUAUUCAAUAUGAUCCUGAACCACAUAUUCAUGGAAAUGAUAAACUCAUUGACCAAUCAUUCCAAGAAGGUGAAUCUGAAAUGUCUAGAGCAGAAACUACCACAGGUGAACCUGCAGCAGAACAUACCAAGUGCUCCAAUAGCUUAUCUGGGAAUCCAGCUCCACCAUCUGAAUGGUUAGAAGAUACACUUAUUGAGCUCUACUUAUCGGGUUACAAGAACCAGGCGGUUGAUUCUCCAUGUGAUUCGAAUAUUCUUUCAGAAAAGAGUGACGGGGUUAACUUAGGCUAUCCAGUUGAUGGUGCAGGAAAUGUUGAUGAAUAUGAACUAGAAGAAGGUGAGUGGAUUCCGGAUGAGAGCCAAACUUUUAAUCAACCAAGUGGAGAUAUUCCAGAUGAAGGUACUUCCUUGGAGGAAAUAAACUGGCUGGCUCAGUAUGGGCAGGUCAUUCAACCUGACCAGGAAUUGCUGCCUGAUUUAAGAAGUGUAGAUUUGUGGGAUUGGAGUAUGGUCCGAGUAAGGAUAAAAGGUAGGAAAAAGAAGGUAGGCAGACUAGUGGGUCGAUUGGUCAAACAAUCUGCAAGACUUCAUCCUUCAAUGCCUUCAGGUGGCUUUUUAUUUAAAACGGCUCCAAUAUGUGAGGCUCGUCUUGAUCUGGUACGAGUGACAACAGGUCAAUUGUAUAAGUUGAGGACUCCUAGUACAAAAUACUUGGCCUCCUUGUCUACUUAUGAUUCUUCCGACCCAACAAAAGACUGGCAUUAUCCACAUCUCUCUGUAGGAGAACAAAUCCAAGUGCCAGAGAAACCCAGCGAAAAUCAUCAUGAUUACAGAAUGAUCAAUAAUAAUAAUGAAGGCCUUAAUCAGGAUGAUGUCAUGUGUUCUUCCAAGUCUAACUUAGACAAGCACACAAGUGGUAGUGGUCUAUAUAGAGAUAGGGCCGCUGAAAGAAGAGCUUUGCAUGGAAGUUUUGGUGUGGGUCCAGGUCAAAAGAAGUCAACUACUGAUAUUAUUUCUUCUUCACCACCAUCAUCUCCGGAUAAUGCCGAUGAAGCUGCAAACGAAGCUUUGAACAUGUCGUUUGGUGUGGGUAGCUAUGCAAGAAGAUUAAUGGAAGGAAUGGGCUGGAAAGAGGGUGAAGCACUGGGCAGCAGCAAUAGAGAAGGCAUAAUAGAGCCAUUACAGGCAAUUGGAAAUAAAGGGGGUGCUGGCUUGGGAUGGGAACAUGGAAGACAAAACCUCCCUAACACAUAAAGUCUCUCAUUUGUUUAUCAGAAUAGAUGUUAAAUUGCUCAUGUUCAUCAUUUUGAGACUUUUGUUAUUUGUAUUUUGGACCUUUAGGGUAUUAGGGUUAAUGUCGUAUGGUGGAAGCUAACGGUAACGGUUUUGAUAAGUGGCGAGAAUAAAGUGAAAGUUAGUAAUAUACUAUUAUAAAUAGAACAUUAGUUGAUUAGCUGUUGAACAUUAAUAUUUAAGCAUUUU